AUGGACAGAGAGGAGUCAGAGGCCCUUAUCCUAGAUCACCACUGCUACUCUGAGACACAGUGUAAAUACAGGAAGGUGCAGUACCAGGAGAUAGGCCUACUAGGCAGGAUGAGUUCCAGAGGUGCCAGGCCCUCUUCUCCCCCCAGCUCGCUGGAGCGCCCGGCGUCACAGGACUCCCAGGACUCCAUGGAGGACUACUGGAGCGAGGUGAAGAACAUCGAGGAGGAUGGCGAGCGGGGCCACGAGGACCUGCUGGAGAGGGGCAGCAUGGAUGAGGCCGAGCUUGAGGAGGCGUGGCUGCAGGAGGCGGGUCUGUCCACAUUGGUGUCGGGGGAGUUGGGGGAGGGGCCUGCAGAGGCGCUGCUCUCCACGCUGACGCGCUCGCAGGCAGCCAUGGUGAAGAAGCGUGUGGACAACUACACCCUGACCAUGAGGAAGAGGAACAAGCAACCGGCCAGACACGUCCAAGACGUCUUCUCCACGCCAGAUACCUUGUUGGUUGAUCCCAUACCGCCUGUGUCCCCCAAGUCAUCCAAUGGACACAUGCCUUCCAUAUGCAUCCACCGGACGUCUUCAAGAGUGCGGCCUGCUUUUCCCAGCUUCUCCCCAGUGGAGAGACGUGUUUCAGAGUGCCCUCCCCCUCAGGAUACCUCUGACACCCUGUCUUUCGAAGUGCCUUACUCUGAGGGCGUCACUGCCCACCGCAGGGGCCGCCAGGGGGACUGCCAGGACUGCCAACGCAUCCGCAGAGAUGACCCCGACCUGCCAACAUUUCAGCUGCCUAGGCCUAAACUAGGCCUCACCCACAUCCAAGAUCUGUCUUGUGAGGACAUGAAGAAGAUCGGCUACAUCUCUCUGAUUGAACUGACCACGUUCUACGACUGCCUGGGCAUUGAGCUCAAACGCAACCGAGCAGCACGCAGCAAGGCCAGAGAAAGUGGUAUAUUUGGAGUUCCCCUGACCACUCUACUGGAGAAUGACCAGAAGAAAUUCCCCGGGUCCAAGGUUCCUCUCGUCUUCAGAAAGCUCUUGUCCAAGCUGGAGCAGACAGGACUACAAACAGAGGGGAUUCUCAGAGUACCAGGGUCUGCAUCCAGAGUAAAGCAUCUGCGCCAGGAGCUGGAGCAGAAGUUCAAUGAGGAACGGUUUGACUGGGAGCAGGUGAGGCACAAUGACGCAGCGGGUCUGCUGAAGAUGUUCAUCAGAGAGCUGCCUUAUCCUCUGCUCACGCUCCAGCACUUACCGGCCUUCGCCGCUGCACAGAGUGUCUCCUCUCCCAGACACCAGAUCCAGGCCCUGCACCUCCUCAUCAUGCUGCUCCCUGAGCCCAACAGAGACACACUCAAGGCCCUGUUAGAGUUCCUGAGGAAGGUGGUAGCCUAUGAAGAGAAGAACAGGAUGAGUCUGUGGAACGUGUCCAUGAUUGUGGCUCCCAACCUCUUCACCUACCGGGGCAAGAACGCCAAGCAGGAGGAGAUGCAGGCGGCAGGCGGGGCAGCCCACCUCGUACGGCUACUCAUCACAUACCAAGAACUGCUCUGGACCGUGCCCUGCUUUCUCAUCUCCCACGUGAGGAAGUUGAAUGAGGCAAGCAAGAAGCCGCCCAGCUCAGAGAAGACCAAAAGGAAGCUGCUACUGAUGAGGAAGAGGAACGCUGAGAAGACUGAGAGGAGCGAGUUGACUGACCUCCGAGAAGGGGUCAUCAGGGUUCACGCCCCACUACACGCUAAGAUCUCCAUGGCGAUCCAGUUGGACAACGAGACCAAGGCCAAAGAUGUGAUGGCGCGCUUCGAUUAUGAGAACGGUCGUGGCACCAGAAGCACUAGCCAGAGGCCAGUACAGUAUUUGUUUGAGGUCGGAGGAAACAUAGGCGAGCGCUGCUUGGACCCUGAGACUCACCUACUAGACGUGUACCAUGUGAAUCCGCACUGUGAAUGGCUUUUAAAACCCACGACAACAUGAGAACUGAGGAUUCACUCACUCAACACAGUCAGCAAACUGAACCACUGCCCUCUUGUGGUCGUCCUGGUGAACUGGGCAUGCAUGGAGGCCUUGUUGACUGUAGUUGAGAUUUUAUCCCAAACUAUGGACCACUAAAAAGAGCGAGAGCUGGAAGAGGAACUAUGGAGAGAGACAUUCUCCUCCCGAAGGAAGGACUCAGCAUAGGCCAUGUUUGUGGGAUUGAACCUUAUAACAAACUACUAAAUAGGACAGAAGCACUAUACUCUGACUAACUGGGUUCUGGAUGGAAGUAUUUGGAGGUGGGACAGCUUUGUGAAGACAUGCUCCACAUACGUGACUGACGACAUCCCAUUGCUUGCCAUUUGAAUUUAUUUGUGCCUUUUUGAGGACAGUAACUUAUUUUACACUAAAAUUUCACUAUUAGAUGUUCAAUGUUUCUUUUGACAAAUUAAAACGAGUGUUCAGUUUACGUAACAGGAUUGACCUUAAAAUGAGGGGCAGACUAAUCACAUGAAAUAAUAAUCUUCAGAAAUGACUUUGU